AUGGCUGCGCCAGCAGAGGUGGUGGCACCGCCGCUUCAGUAUGUCCCGAUGACGAAAGGCGCCCAGAACUCACUGAUUGCUAUUUCGUUCCUAUGGGUCAUUUUUGCUACAGUAGUCUUUGCUCGGCUAUGGGGACGAUUCCGUGGAGUAGGAAUAGGCGGAGACGACAUUCUCGCAGUGGUUGCUUGUUUACUGUCUUGUAGCACAAUAGGUUUGAGCGUUGCUGUGUUUACAACUGGAGUUGGUUACGAUUUCGACCCAAGCUCCGAAGUGUACCCCGAAUUGGUCAACAACUUGCAGUAUAUCUUGAAGGUGACGUUUGCCUUCACAUUGGUCUAUCUCUGGGCGCUCGCGACUUUGAAACUCAGUCAGCUCUGGUUCUACUAUAGAGCCUUCGCCCUGCAACUCAGCAAGUGGAUCUAUGUCGUCGCAGGCAUCGUCGUCAUCUGGGCUUUGGUUUUCACUUUCAUCUUCAUCUUCCUAUGCAAUCCGAUUUCGCAACAAUGGACUGUGAUGCGUAUUGGCCAUUGCAUGGACCAGAUUCUGGUCUUGAAAUGCAUUAUCAUGACAAACGUCGUGACUGACCUUUUCAUUGUCAUCUUGCCUAUCUGGACAGUGUGGCAGUUGCAGAUGCGAAAGACGGAGAAAGUUGCCGUCAUCGCGUGUUUUGCGCUCGGUCUUGCCUGCUGUGUAAUCGGCAUUGUUCGCUUCUGGCAGAUCUUUGUCAUCGACUUGACCGGGAACCUUACCGGUACCUCCCUAACGACUUUUAUGCUCUGCACCGUGGAGUUGAUGCUUGCGGGUCUUUGUAUCAAUAUUCCAAUGCUUCGACCAUUCUACCUAAGAUGGAGAGCGAAGUAUAAAUCCUCCUCCCUCGGAAACUCCAACAGUCAGAGCGGGUUCAAGGGAUCGGGAAAUCAACUCAAGGUCCCACCCAAGCCUGGUCAAUACACCGCUUGGAUUGAGUUGAACGAGCAAGAUGGUCAUGAGACGGUUAGCAAUGACGGCGGGUCCGAACGGAAGCUGACGAGAGAGCAACCGGAGUCGGCGAUUAAAGUCCAUACCAACUGGAAGGUCACUAGGGAAUAA